UGAGAACCAGCACCUCCGCAGCCCUGGAUUCUUUUUAUUUUUUUGUAGCCACGGCGCUACGAAAAUGUUUUAGUUCUGUUAACGGGCGGCAGAUAUUUUAGGUGUAUCACUUGUCGACUACAGCCUUCCAGCAUUGGCCACCACCAAAAUGGGCGAGUUCUUUAAGUCGCUCAACCUCAACUACUUCUCCUCCAGCGAGGCCAGCGGAGCUGCAGGAAACGGAGCACCAGGGGCCCUCGGUGGCAGGCUGGACAAUGACUUCGUGGGCCAGGUCGUAGAAGUCGCGGGGCACAGGCUGCGCAUCAAGUGUGUCAUCGCCGAAGGCGGAUACGCCUUCGUGUAUGUAGCCCAAGAUGUGCAAACUGGCACAGAGUACGCCCUCAAGCGUCUGAUCGGGGCUGACAUGCAAGCCUCCACCGCCAUCAUCAACGAGAUCAGCAUCCACAAGCAGCUGUCGGGGCACGAGAACAUUGUCGCCUUUGUGGGCUCCAGUUAUACCGCCCCAUCAGCUCAAUUGGGAGCCCAGCACUUGCUCCUCACCGAGCUGUGUAAAGGCGGAUCUUUGGUGGACUGCUUCAGGACAAACAAUGCUCCGAUCAAUCCGACUUGUGUACUGCGCAUCUUCUACCAAAUGGCGCGCGCUGUGGCCAGCAUGCACUCACAGUCACCGCCGAUAGCCCACCGAGACAUAAAGAUUGAGAACUUUCUCAUUGGCAACGACAAACAGAUCAAGCUGUGCGACUUUGGGUCCGCCAGCACUGAGGUCCUGUCGCCCACGUUUGAGUGGAGCGCCAACCAGCGCAGCAUGCUGGAGGACCAGCUAAACACCGUAACUACUCCGAUGUACCGAUCCCCUGAGAUGCUCGACACUUGGUCCAACAACCCGAUCGGGCCCAAAGUGGACAUAUGGGCUCUCGGCUGCAUUCUCUACUUCCUGUGCUAUCGCAAGCAUCCCUACGAGGAUGGCGGGAAGCUGCGGAUCAUUAACGCCAAUUACAUACUUCCGCCAGAUCCUCAGUACCAGUGCUUCCGCGAUAUAAUCCGGGGCUGUUUAAAAGUGAGCCCGUUCGAGCGCCUUGAUAUUACCAUGGUGCUGGAAGGCCUUGCAGCCAUCGCUGAGACACACAAUUGGUCGCUCAAAGGACCUCUAGACCUUCAUAUAAUGCCCAUCGAGUCCCUUCCGGCCGAAAGUCCUUCUCUCAAAAGCUCUGCUCACUCUGAGUUCUAUACCGAACCGCCUGGCAUCACUGCGCACCCAGCACCGCUCUCUGCCGCCACACCAUCAUCUAAUAAUGGACACGGCAGUCUUCUGUCCUCACUGCGUGGCGGCGCUGGAACGCUUUUAAAGAACAUUAAAGAUACGUCCACCAAAGUGAUGCAAACAAUGCAGCAAUCUCUUGGUCGCAACGAUCUUGAUAUAAGCCACAUUACCUCUCGCAUCCUGGUAAUGCCCUGCCCCUCUGACGGAUUUGAGUCGACGUACAAGACGAACAACAUCGAAGACGUCCGCCUAUCUCUGGAGAGCCGAUUUGUCCCACAAAAAAUAAGCAUUUACAACUUUGGCCAACGAACAGAGCCACGGCUACCGCCACCCGUGCGAACAGUUGAGGCAGGUUCGGUUUAUGGGUGUCCACAGGCACAUGCUCCUAAUCUGCAGGGCCUUUUUACCGUGUCAGCCGACAUGUACAAUUUUCUAAAUGCGGACCCCAAAGCUAUCGUAAUCGUGCAGACUGGAGACUCGGGUGGAUGCACUGCUGCCACCGUCAUAUGCGCGCUUCUUAUGUAUGCAGAUUUGCUUCGGGAGCCGGAGGACGCGGUGCAGGUCUUCGCCGUUAAGCGGCACACCAUUAACCUGCGCCCCUCCGAGUUCCGUUACCUGUACUACUUUGGGGACAUCCUGCGGCCCACGCCCCUGCUGCCGCACUACAAAAACACAAACCUUGUUUCACUCAGCUGCCAGCCUGUGCCCAGAAUGACCAAGGCGCGCGACGGCUGUAGGAUCUAUAUGGAGGUGUAUUGUAAUGGAAACUUGCUGCUUAGCACUCUGCAGGACUACGAAAAAAUGCGGUUGUAUCAGGCCGGCCCCGGCAAAAUAGUUCUGCCGAUUAACUUGACCGCAUGCGGUGAUGUGACGAUCGUAUUAUUUCACGCCCGCAAAGGAAUGGUGCGACCACAAGGCCUCAAGAUAUGUCAGUUACAAUUUAACACGGGAUUCAUCCCCGAACCAGAAACGUUGAUUACAUUCACAAACCAGGACUUGGACGACCUGCCAGACCCCGAGCAGGUGACACCUCGGUUCUGCGUUUCACUUUCUCUGGCUGUUACUGACUCGGAAUCACCUCCCAGCCAUAAGCCACCAUGGAUGCCAGCCAAGCCCAAGCGGUCACCCGCCGCCUUGUUCAGCUCGGAUUUGGAGUAUGCAGAAAUGCUCGACAAUUUUGUAACCAAGCCUAGCACGCGUUCCUCACCACCACCGGGUGCCCGCAAGAGUGAUCGCGCCAGCUCUCCGCUCGUUUUGCCCGACGUCACGGAGACCGCGCACGAACUGCCGUCGCCCAUACCAGAGCCAUCUCCGCCCAUAGACUUGCUUAAUUUAAACCAGCAGCCCAGUGACGUACCAGCAGCAGAUCCGUUAACCAGCGCCAAGCCCAGCACGGAUGCCAGCUUUGACUUGUUAGGGGCCUUCGGUGAUGAUGACUCCACGGGCAUAGGAUCAGCGCCCAUUCCUGACAUACUGCCACCACCGCCACGGCAGCAGCCGCCACCAAAAAUAAACACCGACCCAUUCGACAUAUUUGGAUCUGUGGACCAAGGCAGCGUGCCCAGCAUGAAGCCAUCGGGCUUUCCACCUUUCGUUGGCUCCUUGCCAACUUUUGUUGCUCAGCCAGCGGCUACCACCAAUCCUUCACCAACUCAUCCGGCAAGGGCACCUGCAGAUCCAUUUGCGAACAUCGCCGACCUGGCGACAGGGCUCAACAUAAACUUUAACCGCAGCACGCUAAGUGGAAAGUCUCCCGUCGGCACUAGUCCGCAGCCGACUCAGUUCUCAAGCCCCACUCACAAGCCAUCGCCAUCCUCGCAACCACAAGCAACGUUUAUGCAUACACCGGCGACUCCGCAGACUCUGCCCACGACAUCGUCUAUCAGGACGCCGACGCAGCCACAGGCGGCACCUGCUCAAUCAAGACCAGACUACAGUCGACUUCACUUUGAUUCGCAGAAAGCGGCGCAGCAACCGGGCACUGGCGGGUCCAAGAACUCUGACAUAUUUGCUGACAUUCUGGGCCAACAAGGGUACUCCUUUGGCAGCAAAAUGAACCAGUGUCCACGAUCCAUCAAUGAAAUGCGCAAGGAAGAUUUGUUCAGGGAUAUGGACCCGAAGAAAGUGCGGAUUAUGGAAUGGACUGAUGGUAAGAAAAACAACAUCCGUGCGCUUCUCUGCUCUAUGCACACGGUGUUGUGGGACAAUGCCAAGUGGCAGCGCUGCGAGAUGUCCACCAUGGUGACACCGACAGAGGUUAAGAAGGCAUACCGUCGCGCCUGCCUCGCAGUGCAUCCUGAUAAGCAUAAUGGAACAGAGAAUGAGGAGAUUGCCAAGCUCAUAUUUAUGGAACUAAACAACGCAUGGACAGAUUUUGAAAACGAUGCCACGCAGCAAAAUAUGUUUAAUGCGUAAAACGCGUCUUAUAUCUACAUAUAUAUUUAUCACAGUUAGCCCGUAUUUUCGUACUCUUAGCUGAAUCUAGUGUAAAUUCAUGUAAAAGUGUGAGCUUUAAUCUUUAAAGUCGAAGUAUUGGCGUAUGUAUGCUAUAGAAAGCGUAUGCAAUUUAGAUAGCUCAAACUUUAUAAUUCUGAACGCCCGAGGACAUCCUACUUAAUUUGUGUAACAGCAAACCCGAAUUCAACAUUCCAAUUGCAUCCAACAACAGUCCGCCCAAAAAACGUCGAAAAGUUAAGAACCUUCAGACUUUGGCGACUACCCAAUGAUUUCACGCCUUAUCCAUCAAACCAUAGAGAUCAAUUAUUCGUGUAUUAAUAUACACUUUUUCGCUGUAAUUAGAUUAAUUGCGAUAUGCCCUUGACCGAUUAGUCAAUAUGUGAUUAAUCUAUAAAGUGAUGAAAGCAAAAAGUAUGGCAUUUGUACAUAGCUGUUCCGAAUAUAAAAUGUGAAACUAGUAAAGAACAAUUUGCUUUUA